CACAAAUCACACGUAUCCUCUUGUCUUCCCGCUACUCUGCUUCCUGAGAUCUCCGGCGAACAAAUUCUGGACGAGGGAUGGUGCGCCUAGGAGCAAACAAUAGGCCAACUCUACUACAGAUCUUCAACUCACUCCUGCUAUUGCUCAAGAAGCUCCUGGCAUGGUUAAUGCCGCCGUCGGAGGGUGGGAAUGAGUAUGAUCCGAGCUGGAGUCUUGCCUCCUCAGAAAACAUUCUGCUGCUGCAAAGAGAGACAACUUAUUACAGCAGCAGCCAUGGCCACAACUUCCACUCAAUGCGAGAUUCUGCUACGUCCUUCAAUGCUAAAAACUUCAAUUUCUAUCGUGAAGCAUUUCCCUCCAACUCGAUCUUCGCUCCCUUGAUUAUAGUUCUACUUAGCUUCCUUCAAAUACGAAGUUCAAUUAACAAUCCUACACCAUUCGAACUUGAUCCUAUAAUCUUCAUGGCUUCUCUUGUAUGUUCAGUGGCAUAUUACUUCACUAUAAGAGCGAAGUUCAUGUUUCGUGAUUUUGCUUCUUGGUUUGAAGUGCUUGCAUCAGUGUCUGGCUCUUUGGCUGUUGCUCUUUUGAUAUGUUUGAUUCUGCAGCUUCCAUGGUGGUCCGUUUUCAUUAUUUUGUUACUUCUGGGUGGAUUCCUCAUGUUUCUCAACAAAAUUCACAAAGGAAAUGGCGUUAACGACGUGGUCCCCAGCCAAGAGUCAAACAACGCUUGCCACUACACAAUUAAUGUUGUAUCCGAUCACUAG